AUGGAGUCUGCAUAUCCGGUCGACGGAGCCGCCCCGUCUGAUCAAGCCAUCCCAGGAGGCAUCCUGCACCAUGCACUCGGCGCAUCCCCACGCACGGCGACGCUCUUCGCCGCCAUCGUCCUCGGCGCGGGCCUCGCCAUCUCGCUCCUCAGCUGGCUCCUGACGCCCUCGCUCGACCCGCGGGAGCCUCCGCUGCUCAAGCCCAGCAUCCCCUUUGUCGGACACAUCAUCAACCUCAUCCGGCUGCAGGGCGAGUUCCACCCGGCGCUGCGCCGGACCAGCCCCGACGUGCCGCUCGCGACGGUGCCCAUGCUCAACGGCAAGCUCUACACCAUCUUCGACCCGGACCUGAUCCAGGCCACGCUGCGCCAAAAGGCCGCCAGCUUCGAGCCCUUUGUCGUCGGCUUCGCGCAAAAGUCGUUUGGCCUGUCCAACGCCACCUUUGCAAAGAUUACCAGCCAGCCGCAGCUCGUGCCCGAGUUUACGGAUGCUAUCCACCGGAGCUUCCACCCCAAGGCGCUGGCGCAGAUGAACCUCCACUUCCUCGAGGGCAUCUCGACGAGGCUAGACGCUGUGGUCGACGCCGCCAAGGUCGAUCCCGUCAACGCCGGCCGCGAGAGCAGGGCUGCGGAUGGCACGCUCGAGGUGGGCAACCUGUUCCUCUGGUGCAGGGACGUCAUGAGCAUGGCGACGACCAAGGCGCUGUACGGCGACAGCGACCCCUUUGCCAAGGACCCGUCCCUGAUUCAGGCCAUCUGGACCUUUGAGACGGUCGUCCCCCUUUUCCUCUUGUCGCUGUUCCCCUCCAUCACGAUGCCCAAGGGCUACCAGUCGCGCGAGGUGCUGCAGCAAACCAUGAGGGUGUACUACGAGGCGCAGCGCGACGCCAACGACCCGACCACCUCGACGCUGACGUCCAACCGCGCCGCCACGCUGCGCCAGUACGGCUUCACCGGCCACGAGAUUGCCAAGCUCGAGUGCAUCCUGCCCGUCGUCGCGACGACCAACGCCGUCCCCACCUUCUUCUGGAUGCUCAUCUUUGUCCUGUCCCGGCCGUCCCUCGCCGCGCGGCUCCGCGCCGAGGUCGAAGCCGCCGCCUCCUUCAGCGACGACGCGCCCGGCGCCGGGACCGUCACCUUUGACAUUACCAGCUUCGACCAGCAGCUGCCCCUCAUGGUCAGCUGCUACCGCGAGACGAUGCGCGUCAUCAACCACUCGGUCAGCAUGCGCCGCGCCAUGUCUGACAUAACCCUCACCGCCGCCGACGGCCGGACGUACAUCCUGAAAAAGGGCGUCGACAUUCAAAUGUCGGCGGGCGUCACGCACGGCGAGCGCGGCAUCUGGGGCGACGACGCGGCCGACUUUGACGCCGAGCGCUUCCUCGCGCAGUCGGGCGCGACUCGCACGUCCGACGCAGAACGCAAAAAGAAGACGGCCUACUUUCCCUUUGGCGGCGGGAGGCACCUGUGCCCCGGGCGGAACCUGGCCUUUUGCGAGAUUCUCGGCUUCGUGGCCAUGAUUCUGCUGCGCUUCGAGGUCGAGCCCGUGGGGAUGGAGUUUGCGGACCUCAAGAUGGACGGCUCGAAGCUGUCGGCGCCGUCGUGUAAGCCCGUUGACGGCGGCGAGGGCUUGGGCGCGAGGAUACGGGCGCGCAAGGGGUGGGAGAGCACCACGUUUGCCUUUAAGUGCUAG